AUGCGAGCUGGUGCAACUGGCGAACCAAUAGCAAAAAGGACAGUUUGUGUACAGCGUCGUAUUACUACUCUUGCUGAUCAUUAUGCAAAUGAUGAAAUCAAUUUAGGAGAAUAUCUAGAAGCCCAUGUCGUACAUUUACUUGAACUAACGCCGGUAUACCGCGGUAGUCGAGAAUACCGGCGGUAUACCGCUGGUAUACCGGCGGUUGGUUUAAAUACCGCGGUAUAUCGAUGGUUUUCUUGAUUACCGCGGUAUACCGGCGGUGAAACUAUCUAUCUCUCUCUCUCUGUCUAUAAAUAUAUAUGAUAACGUUCUUUUUGAUUUAGAUGAUUGUGAACAUUGCAAU